AUGUAUGAUUACCUAGCCAAGGUGAUCUUACUUGGUCCCAGUGGUGCAGGCAAAUCGUGCGUGCUCCAUCGUUUCGUAAAGAAUGAAUGGCGCGUCCUUUCAUCCCAAACCAUCGGCGUCGAAUUCGCCUCUCGCAUCGUCAAACUCGGCACUGGUUCUCGCCGUCGUCGCAUCAAGCUGCAGCUCUGGGAUACCGCCGGGACCGAACGCUUUCGAUCCGUCUCCCGCUCCUAUUAUCGCGGCGCCGCUGGCGCCAUCCUCGUCUACGAUGUCUCCUCUUACGCCUCCUUUGCCGCACUUCCGACUUUUCUCAUGGAUGCGCGCGCCUUGGCAUCUCCCAAUUUGACCGUCUUGCUCGCGGGGAAUAAAGCAGAUCUUGCAGAUUCCACAGAUUACCACGACGAUGCGCAUCGCGCCCCGCCAACGCCGUCCAGUACCUCGAGUAAACAGUCUUCGUAUCCCUUUGACAUGACGGGCUCGGUGCGCUCUACCUCGACGGCGAAUUACCUGGGGCCGGGGACGAGGAUGACGGCUUCGUUUGCGGAGGGUCGGGAGGUGAGCAAGGAGGAUACGGCACGCUGGGCGGCGCAGUCGAAUAUCCCUGUUGCGGUGGAGAUUUCUGCUCUGACAGGGGACGGGGUCGAAGAGGUCUUUCAGCGACUGGCGCGCAUCAUUUUGACCAAGAUCGAGCUGGGUGAGAUUGACCCGGAUGAUCCGCAGAGUGGGAUUCAGUACGGGGAUGGAGGAAUGUAUGGAGGGGGCCACGGUGCGAGUGAAGCGUCGAGUAUUCGCAGUCGGACGACGAUCGACGAGAAUUCGAUUGCGAUGCAUCGAUCGUCAAGGCGGCGGGGGAGACCAACUUCGAGUUGGAAGGGUGGAAUGAGAGAGUGGGAAGAUGUGUUUCGAUUAAAUGGUUCUUCGUCAAAGAGGAAUCGGGGGUGUUGUUGA